GCCACACCCGUCACCACUCAUUUACCUCCAACCAGCUUUUCUCUGACAUACACUUAGAAAUAUAACAUGAACACUGUCUGAUUGUGCUAUAUCUAAUGACUACGCAAGACCGCUCGCCAUCUCCUGCACCAGGCCCCCAACCAAUCCGUCGACUGGAACAAUCGGUCAUCAACCGCAUUGCUGCUGGAGAAAUAAUCCAUAGACCUGCAUCUGCAUUGAAAGAGCUCAUUGAGAAUAGCUUAGAUGCAGGCUCUACUUCCAUACGUGUCACAAUCAAGGAUGGAGGCAUGAAACUACUGCAAAUCCAGGACAACGGGUCUGGUAUCCGUCAUGACGAUCUACCCAUUCUCGCAGAACGUUUCACAACAUCUAAGCUGGCCACAUUCUCCGACCUGUCGCGUCUGACGACGUACGGCUUUCGCGGGGAAGCGCUCGCGUCCAUUUCUUAUGUCGCACAUUUGAGCGUCGUAACUAAGACGAAAGCAGAUUCUUGCGCAUGGAAAGCAUGCUAUGCAGAUGGUGCAUUGACGCCGAUGAAGGCAGGUACCUCUGCUGAUCCCAAGCCCUGCGCUGGAAAUGAUGGCACCACUAUUACUGUUGAGAAUCUGUUCUAUAAUACACCCACACGACUCUCUGCACUACGGAGCUCCUCGGAAGAGUAUGCACGUAUCCUUGACGUCGUGACCAAGUACGCUAUUCACAACCCGCAUGUAUCCUUCACGUGCCGGAAGGCGGGUUCACCAAUUCCAGACGUAACCACACCGUCAGCCUCGACAACACAGCAAGCGAUCCGCUUGCUGUAUGGCCAGUCGAUAGCUAAGGAAAUCUUGCACAUGACAGUGUCUUCCCGUACCCCAGCCGAAGAGGACGACGACGAGGAAGUACCGGAUAAGGGCUCCUGGGACGCAGAUGCGUACUUCACCAACGCCAACUAUCAGGCGAAGAAACUGGUAUUCUUGCUCUUCAUUAAUCAUCGUUUGGUAGAGUCAACCAAGAUACGAAAGGCAGUAGAGGCGAUCUACACUGGGGUCCUGCCAAAAGGCGCUUCACCCUACGUCUAUCUCAGCUUGAACAUCGAACCCCGUUCCGUGGACGUCAACGUCCACCCGACAAAGCGCGAAGUCCACUUCCUCAAUGACGACGAGAUCAUCGAACGUAUCUGCGAUGCGGUGCAGGAGAAGCUCGUUGGGCAGAGCCAGAGCCGUGUCUUCGAGUAUCAGACCCUGCUCACGGGCGGCAUAGCCGAGACACCUUCACAAGACAAAGGGAAGGGCAAGAAACGCGCUCGAGAGGAGGACGAGAUGGACGUCGACGAGCCCGAACCCCCACCAUCACAAGCAGCGAAGCCCAAAAAGACGCUCUCCCAGCACAAAGUCCGCACAUCCUUGCAAGACCGUACGCUCGACUCGAUGUUCCCGGUCUUCAGCCCCUCGCAGCAGCGUCCCGGGGAUGGCACGCAGUCUGGGAGCGGCUCACCGAACGCGGGUUCGGGUACGCCCCCGGGUACGCAGAGCGGGUCGAGGGUGAGGGAGAUCAAGGAGUCGCAGUGCUACUUGACGUCGGUGAGACAGUUGAGGGCCGCAGUAGUGAAGGGGAGGCAUAACCACCUCACGGAGAUCCUGCAGAAACAUACGUUUGUGGGGAUCGUGGACGUGAACAAGUGUCUGUCACUCAUCCAGCAUUCGACGAAACUGUAUCUUGUCAAUCACGGAGCCCUUGCUGAAGAACUGUUCUAUCAGAUCGGUCUCAGGCAGUUCGGUGACCUGGGGAGACUACGUCUGGACCCUGCGCCUUCACUUCGCAAACUAGUGACCCUCGCAGUAGAUGCCGAGGAGGGCGUCGAGCGGAGUAAGAUGACAAGGCCGCAGAUCGUCGACUGCAUUGUGGAUACAUUGCUAUCGCGGAGGGAGAUGCUGGAGGAGUACUUCUCGUUCGGCAUCAGCGCAGAUGGGAAAGUCGAGACACUCCCGAUGCUGCUGAGGGACUAUACACCAAACCUCGACAAGCUUCCGCUGUUCCUCAUGCGUCUAGGGCCCCAGGUUGACUGGACGGCUGAGCAAGAGUGUUUCGAGAGCUUCCUCCGGGAGCUGGCGUUCUUUUACGUUCCAGAGCCAGUCAUCCCGGUUUCUCCGGAUGAAUUGACGGAGCAAGAGAAGGUUGAGGAUAAGGCGGUUCAGUGGCAGAUCCAACACGUCCUGUUCCCGACGGCGGCACGUUACCUCGCUGCACCGAAGUCGUUGCUGGACCGAGAUGUGGUGCAGGUGGCAAACCUGCCGGAUUUGUAUCGUGUCUUCGAGAGGUGUUGAUAGUACGCCGUACAGUAUUGCUGGGACGACCACUGUCCACGACGAGGAGUAAGAUUGUUGGGUUGACAGCUAAGAUGUACUGGCCUGCCUUCCGGUGGAUGAUUGAAUUUGACUUCGAAAUUGACGGGCCACUUGGAAUA